ACCCACCGGCUGACUAUAUGAUGCAACCGCACGAUAAACCCUAUAUCCUCCACCCACCCAGCCUCCCUCGAAAACCCUAGAACUCCUCACCCUCCUCCCCGGCGGCGGCCUCCUCCUCCUCGCGAACCCACUCUCGCCUCGCGAAAAUGAGCCUGGAGGCGGUGAACCCGAAGGCGUACCCGCUGGCGGACGCGCAGCUGACGAUUGCGAUCCUCGAACUUAUCCAGCAGGCCGCCAACUACAAGCAGCUCAAGAAGGGCGCCAACGAAGCGACGAAGACCCUGAACAGGGGGAUAUCGGAGUUCGUUGUGAUGGCGGCUGACACGGAGCCGCUCGAGAUCCUCCUCCACCUCCCCUUGCUAGCUGAGGAUAAGAACGUGCCGUAUGUAUUUGUUCCUUCAAAGCAAGCUCUUGGUCGUGCUUGUGGGGUGACCAGGCCGGUCAUUGCUUGCUCAGUGACCAGCAACGAGGGUAGCCAGCUGAAACAGUCGAUUCAGAGUCUCAAGGAUUCUAUUGAGAAGCUUCUCAUCUGAUUUAUCAAAGAACUUUCAGUGUGAUGGGCCUCAGACAGACACAUUUUUCAGAGGCUUGGACUGGUGAUGGUGUCUUGUUUACUAGAUUUUAAGUUUUCUGAACUAUGUUUGAAGACGGUCAAGUCAUCAUACUUGCAUUGUGCUUCAUCAUCUUAUAUUUACGGAGUGUCAUGUAAUUCUCAAGACAUCUGUAUCAUGGUGGUUAUUCUCUCAAGGUUCCGACCACUAUUGUAGUGGCCGAUGAUUAUGGGUUUAUAA